CGGGAGUCCACGGUGCGCGCGCGCAGCCCGACGUGCCCGCCAGCGCGAGCCCGCCUGCCUGCAGGGUAAAGAUAAGUCAUACGCGAUCACCCCCAUACGCAGAGAUCCCAACACCGCACAGACAUCCCAACGGGCUCUCUCUCCUGAGAGAUCAAAGGUGAUGGUAAAUAAAUGGAAUCAUUGGUAAUGUGGUGAAAGAAGCAAAAGAAAUCAUGUCAAACAAACAAGAGAAGUUGCCCAAGGACUGGACAGAGUCUGAAGUAAGUGACUGGCUUCAAUCGAUUGGAGUGAAGGAGCAGUACAUAACAAAACUCCAUGAAGAAGAAGUAGAUGGACAAACCCUCCUUACAUCUAAUGGCACAAUACACUUUGGUGUGAUGGACAGCAAAGAGGAUGCAGGUUAUGUGCACGGUGAAAUAAUCGGGAUCCCCAUAGGAGAGAAGGACAUUUAUGUGGAUGCUUUGGACUACAUUGAAAGAAGCUUCUCUUCUGACAAAGAACAUGUACGCCAGUGUGUGCGACCACCCAGGUUCAUCGAGGUCAUGGAUGUAGAGGGUGCAGAAAAGAGAUAUGUGGUAGAAGUAGACGUUGUGCCUUUAAUACGUAUUGUUAAGAGCAAGGUAUAUGCAGUCCGUCUGCCAAACUUCAAAGAGUCGGUUAACAAAGUAGAAUUCGAGAAAGAAGUUAUUCUACGUAGAGUGGGCUCAAAAACUGAACCAGUGAGUGACAAAGAUUUGAGUGAUUUCUACCAGCGAGUCAAAGAUAGAGAUGUUCAAAGAGAAGAAGCAGAGAAAAAUCAGUUCCUUUAUGCUCCCGAGAUCUGCCAUGACCUUGGGAGGAAGCUCACGAUGCUGCUGACUAGUGGAAAGAAAUUCAUCGAAAAGGAUAAAUGGUUCAUACUAGUCACAAACAAAUUCAAACCAGAUGACCUUUGCAACAUUGACUGGCUGCUCAACAUGAACGUGUUCUGCGUAUUCGACUUUGACCCAGACUCCAAGAUAUCAGGCACCUGUCUUCUUGAAACACAGAUAGAGGAACAGAUGUAUUCCCUGGAAAUUCUGACAGUCGACCAUUGUGAUGAAACAAGUAAAGACUUCAUCAAUGAGGAGAAAGAAAACAUUGAGCGGCAGUUCUACCGCGGUGGGAGAGUGACCUGGUUGAAUUUCUGGCUUGCUGAGCGUAAGUAUGUCGAAGAGGUGAUUGAACGGGAUGCUUAUCAUGAAACGUCCAAACUUCUCAACGAUGCUUUGAAAUUCAAUGCUGAUCAAACCCCAGUGAAUAGCAUAAACAUCUACCAUCACCCUGGUAGUGGCGGAAGCACAGUGGCAAGACAGGUGCUGUGGAACAACAGGAAAGAUCUACGAUGUGCACUCGUGAAGCUGUCAUACCCAUCCUCUGUUGUUGCACAACAUGCAGUAGAACUAAGAGAAUAUGAAGAAAAAGAUCCACAGAAGUGUCUCCCUGUGCUUCUCCUCAUUGAAGACACAGAUAAAGAAUAUCUAGAUGACCUCAGGAAUGAGCUGGAGGUCGCCGUAAACAGCAAACGGAUUCAAUAUGGAACCUUGUGUUUCAUUUUGUUGAGCUGCAGGCGCUCCCACGAUCCAGAGAGGAAGUGCAAGGAAUCCCCAUUACAGAAUGUGUCAGUCACCCACAAACUCUCCAGCCAAGAGAAGAGGAAGUUUGCUGGGAAACGGCAGGCGCUUGAGGAAAGAUAUGAGCCCAAUUUCAUUCUGACUUUUGUUUUGAUGAGUGAAGGAUUCUCUGAUGAUUACAUCCAAGACUUUGUGAAACAUCUGCUUCAGGACAUUGACCGACACUCUGUUGUCACACGUCUCAUUCAUUAUGUUGCAUUGCUGAACACGUAUGUUCAGAACUCUUUCAUUUCUCAGUCCCAUUGUGAAGCUCUGCUUGCCUUAACCAUCCACUUGGAGAGAUUUCGUCAGCAUGAGUUUGAGAGAUCCCUCAGCGAUCAGGCCAAACUUGUCUUCUUGCAUCUGAGAGAUGAUAAGACACACAUCGAAUCAGUGAGGAUCAUCCAUCCACUUGUUGCAAAAGAAAUUCUUCUACAACUUCUUGGAGGCCAAAGAACCCAGAGCAAGCUGGCGAUGGAUUUGCUCUGCGAGGAUGUGCUUUUUGAGCACCGUUUUGGGAAGGAGGAGUAUCUGACUUUUUUGAAGCAGCUCUUCAUAAGACGGGCCAGAAUAAGCAAAGGAGAUGAAUAUGAUAGUUUCUUCUCGCCUCUGGUUGAGCAUGUGUGUGAGAAUGAGAAAAGCCCACACAAAGCAAUUGAAUUACUCAAGGAAGCAUUCCAACGAUUCCAACAAAAUCCGUUCUUUGCACAGCAGCUCGCCCGUCUUCAUUAUACAUAUGAAAAGUUUGAAGAAGCAAAACACUGGGCAGAGACAGCAGCUAAACAGCUGCCCAACAACUCUUAUAUCCUUGACACAAAGGGUCAAGUGUACAGAAAAUGGUUCCAAGCCAAAUGCAAAGCUAUUGAAAAUGACAAUAUACCAAAGAAUGCCCAGAAUACAGCAGAUGCUGUUGAGACUGCCCUGAAGGCCCUUGAGUGCUUUCAAGAAUGUGAACGUGCAACUGACGCUGACAUGGAAGACGUUAACAGUUCGGGGUUCUUUUCUGAAGUAGAGGUGGGAUGCAGCCUGCUCAAACUCAUGUCCUCACUGCAGGUGUUUGAGUGCAAAACCAAUGGCCAUUCAGAAUGUAUGAAGUACCUGCUAACAGAUUAUAUUCCUGAAGAACUUGAAGUUGCCUGGGAAGCAUUUCAUGGUCGAUUGAAAAAACUUCACAAGACAAUGCAAGAUGCUCUAGAAUGGAUUUCGGAAGAUCUCAGUUACUUCCAGACAGAUAUUGGCACAGAGGAGGAAGAGAUUCCUGAAAGUCCUGAAGAAAAGAUAAGCCAUCCGCUCAAAUGGUUGGCAAAAAAAUCUUCUGAGUAUGGGAAAUACUUCAGUGAAGCAGAUUCUGCUGCACUUAUGAAACAUGGGCAAUCAACCCCAGCAAAACUAACUCCAUUCCAAAAACGCAUGAUUAUCUAUCAUCUUGGAGGAGGUAACAUAAUAUCCAUCCUCUCAAAGCUAACUGACCAAAACGAUGCAGUGCGUCGUUUGGAGCAUAUCCUUACACUCUACCCCAGCGACCCAUUAAGAGCCAAGUUUGGUCAAAGGGAUAUUGUCAAUUACAUUACAGCCCACAUCUCUCUCAACUGCCUGUCGCCACAAACUCAGAAAGUAGCUCCUCUUAGAGAGUUACAGGCUCUUUGUCGCCAAUUCCCACCUGAUAAAAGGAAAUGCUUGCCAUCUGCUCUUUUCUUGCAAUCUCUGCUGUUCUGGCCAGAAGAUGAUGACACUGACCAUGAAAGAGAAAGCAAGUAUGAAAUAGUCCAGUCAGCAGUUGAGAACCUGGAAAAAGGCUACAGGACCAAGAUGAAAGACAUUCCUCAGCGAAAGAGAAGGAUUUACACUCAUUUCCUCCUGGGAAAUGGGAAUGGAUUGGACAAAUUUGUCCACAAGAGGAACUUUGACAAUAUCACUAAAGGCUUCUCCAUCACCGAGAGACGCAUGAAGUGGUUUAGUGAGAACCUCCAAAACUCCACUGUUUUCAGAGAAAGUGGAUGCACCGUGGACCCGGAGAGUAGAUUUGACUGUGGCAGGGACAGACUUCUGAGCCGGGGGGAGUGUGAGGAGAGGGGAUGCUGCUACUCACCUCUGACCGGCUCUGCAGGGCCACCCUGGUGCUUUUACCCCCGUUUGUAUCCCGGGUACAAAAUGGGCCCCCUCACUCCCAGCAGGCGGGGACAGGCUGCCACCUUGACUAGAGCUAGCCCGUCCUACCUCCCAAAAGACAUCUCCACUCUGAGGCUAGAAGUCACAGAGGAGGCUCCCAGCUGCUUGCACUUGUCUUUAAAGGACCCAUCCUCUCAGCGGUAUGAAGUUCAGCUCCCGGCUGGCGUUUUUCAGGGCAGCACUGAUAUCCAGGAUGUCCUCUAUACCACUGAAUUCCAGUCAGAGCCAUUUGGUUUCAUCGUGAGAAGAAAAAGCAAUCAAAGAGUGAUCAUGAACACUACAGUCGCUCCCCUUCUCUUUGCUGACCAGUACCUCCAGCUGUCCACCACCUUGGCGUCCUCCCUUGUGUCAGGCCUCGGGGAACAUUAUACAUCCCUCCUUCUGGACCUCAAUUGGACCUCUCUGACUCUGUGGAACAGAGACAUGGCACCUCAUGCUAAUGCUAACCUCUAUGGCUCCCAUCCCUUUUAUAUAGUACAGGAGGGAGACAGCUUGGCACAUGGAGUUUUCCUUCUCAAUAGCAAUGCAAUGGAAGUCACACUGCAGCCUACCCCAGCUCUCACCUGGGUUUCCACCGGUGGAAUCCUGGAUAUGUACGUUUUCCUGGGUCCCGACCCCCAAAGUGUUAUACGGCAAUACCUCCAGAUCAUUGGGUAUCCCAUGAUGCCUCCCUACUGGUCCCUGGGCUUUCAUCUCUGUCGCUGGGGCUACACAACCACAAAUGCAACUCGGAAGGUUGCACAUCACAUGCACAGUGCCAACUUUCCAAUGGAUGUCCAAUGGAAUGACUUGGAUUACGCAAACAAGCGGCGGGUGUUCACCUUUGACCCCAUCCGAUUUGGAGACCUGCCGGAGAUGGUGGAGGAGUUUCAUCAAGAAGGCAUGAAGUACAUCCUUAUUCUGGACCCAGGGAUCAGCAGCACCAGCCCCCCUGGAACCUACCUUCCCUUUGAGGAUGGACUGAAACGGGAUGUUUUUAUUAAAAAUGUUACAGGAGGCAUUCUAAUGGGGAAGGUCUGGCCUGGCCCAACGGCUUUUCCCGAUUUCACAAACCCAGAGACCCGGCAGUGGUGGGAGGAUUGCAUCAGAGAUUUUUAUCACAAAGUACCUGUGGAUGGUCUGUGGAUUGAUAUGAAUGAACCAGCCAGUUUUGUCCAGGGUUCAACUCAGGGUUGUCCCGAUAGUGAUCUUGAGAACCCGCCAUACACGCCUGUGGUGGUUGGAGGCCAGUUAAACUCCGGAACUCUGUGUAUGUCGGCUCAACAGAAGCUGUCCACUCACUACAACCUGCACAAUCUCUACGGGCUGACUGAAGCUUAUGCAACACACAGUGCCCUCAGGAAUAUACAUGGGAAGAGACCGUUUGUCUUGUCUCGCUCCUCCUUUCCCGGAAUUGGACGUUUCUCCGGAGUGUGGACAGGAGAUGUCAGGAGUGACUGGGAGCAGCUUCGAUUCUCCAUUCCCGCGGUGCUACAGUUCAGCCUGUUCGGGGUGCCGCUGGCCGGAGCCGACAUCUGUGGCUUCGGAGGCAACACCAGUGAGGAGCUGUGUGUGCGCUGGAUGCAGCUUGGCGCCUUCUACCCAUUUAUGAGAAACCACAAUGACAGACCGAAUGCUCCUCAGGAGCCCUUUGUGUUUGGGCAGAAGGCCCAGGAAGCCAUGCGCAGUGCGCUGAACCUUCGCUACUCCCUUCUCCCAUUCCUCUACACACUCUUCCAUCAUGCGCACGUUUACGCUGACACUGUUGCCAGGCCUCUGUUCAUGGAGUUUCCGUCUGAUCCACACUGUCAGACCAUAGACCAACAGUUCCUAUGGGGGGGGUCACUUCUCAUCAGUCCGGUUUUAGCGCAGGGGGCACUAGAAGUAAAUGCAUACUUUCCAGCUGGCACCUGGUACAGCCUGGACAAUGGUCAGCCUCUCUACAGUAAAGGUCAGUACCUGCUCCUGCCAGCCACACUGGACACUAUCAACGUCCAUGUGAGAGGGGGACAUAUUAUUCCCCAACAGGAGCCCGCUUUGACAACCACAGCCUCGCGCAGAAAGCCUUUCUCCCUGACCGUGGCACUGUCAGAAGCGGGCAGUGCCUCAGGUGACCUGUUCUGGGAUGAUGGGGACAGUCUGGACACCUUUGAAAUGCAGAAUUUUUGCUACAUCAUCUUCAUUGCCGAACAGUCUCAGAUCGUCAGUGACCCUGUGAGGCUGAACGGAGCCCUGGAUGCUUUGGUGCUGGAGAGGCUCCAGGUGUUUGGGGUACCCCUACCACCUCUCUAUGUAUUAGCCAAUGGAAAGAAGGUCAAAGAUUUCACAUACCGCACUGAUACUAAGGUUCUGACAGUGACAAACCUGGCUUUACCCAUGUCAAAGACAUUUACUGUUCAGUGGGCUCUCUGAUGCUUUUUUGGGGGGUUUUCCAGACUAUGGGCCUUUGAGACGCUCUGCCUUCUGCACUGUUGCUGAAAAGAUCUGCUUCAUUUUCCUGCAGUGACACCAACAGAUUUCUUUCAGUCAUUGCAACUAUUCCACAGCUCAUCUAGUGCCCUCUGUCAGAUAGACAGACUCUGUUACCAAUUUUACAAAAACAGGGAUAUUUCAAGCAGAUCUUAAUGGCUUGUCCCCAGAUCACUUUUUUUUCAUAACUGAUUGUUCACCGAGUUGGGUCAGUGAAAUAGACUGUAAAUGUGGAUAAAUGUAUAAUAGUUUUCAGUUUGAUGUGUGAUUUUUGAAAACGAGUGUCAACAUAAAUAUGUAUAUAUAUUUGAUUUGUUUUGAUUGCUUUACUUACGCGCUGUGACCUCUAUGAAAUGUUACAUUUAGUAAUUUCAGUUCAUCUUCUAUAAUAUAUUUUACAA